AUGUUCCCCCUCCCCGUCACUGUGCACCGAACGGAAACCACCGUGCCGCCGCCGCCACAGUCCACCUCAGCCCUCGAGACCAGUCCCGUUAGACUCGUCGUGAAGUCCCGAUCAAGACCCACCCAAUUUCCUUGCCGGAAAGCCGGAGAAUCGUCGACGGUAUCGACUGGUUCGAACCGGAAGUUUCCGAUCGUUGCGCCGCCGCCUCCGCCGUCUGUUUCAAGUAAAGUUGGUGAGUUUUCUUCUUCUUUUUACGUGCUCUAG